AUGUCGAAGCGAGCUGGUCCCCCGAAGCACCAGAACACCUACGCAUGGAAGCCCAACCUCGGCCGGAAGAUCAACGAGACCGAGCCCGGGGGCAGGUUCCGGCCUCUGUCGGAGAUCACCGGCGUCUGCCAGCGCUGCCGGGACCAAAUCGACUGGAAGCGCAAAUACGGCAAGUACAAGCCGAUUGUUGAGCCUGCAAAAUGCCAGAAGUGCAGUAAACGAAACGUCCGGCAGGCAUACCACAACGUCUGCACAGGUUGCUCCAAGGAGCUUGGGAUUUGUGCCAAGUGCUGCACCUCUGUUAAGCAUCUUGUUGGAAGGGAUGCUGAGGAAGCAAACAGUGAGCGCAAAGAACUAGAGGAGGCCAUCAGAUAUGCUAGGGAGAGGGAACGACGGACACUUCUUCGCCUUAUGAACAAAAACAAGGACGAGGAGAGCGGCACAUCAGUCCCGAAGAUCGCAGACCGAGAUCGGGAGGGCGACCUUUUCCCUGUUGCAUCCCUUGACGAAUAUGCUGAACAGGCUGUACAGAAGGAUGAGUCUGAUGAAGAAGAUGCCAGGGAUUUUGUGAAAGAUUAA